AUGGCAUGCGAGCAAGUCGGGCAGGUUUUCGAUGGGUUACCCAUUGGUCCACCAGGCCACCCGUUCUUGCUGACCCUGUCGUUGGAUAUUGUAGGCUCAGAGCCACAGAGCUGCUUGAAAGUCCAUGGCUUGACUCCACGACCGGGAGGGUCAGGUUAUUCCGACGCAGGCCGACCAAUGCAAUUGCAGGGCAACAAGGCCACCAGUCCGUGGGCAUCCCGGACGUGGCACAGCAGCAUGCAAUCUGCAGCGAGAGCCACGGGCACCACCAGGACUUCUAGGCCACGCAGUACCCCGGCACGUGGUUGUCCUUCAAGCGACCUCCUUCACGAUUGUCCUUCUGCGUUCAUGGAAAAGUUAUUUUGGAAUAUCGCCGUUAUUCUGCAAGAAGCCUCGCUCAACUGCUCUCUGGACAGCUUGCACAGAGACGCCCUGGCUCAGCUCAUUGCAGGCAUGAAGGCAGAACAGCUCCCUUCAGAUCCUUCCGAGUGCAGCACCCCUUUUCCGUGGCAGAUUGCUGCCGUGUACUCUGACAUUGCUAGCCAGCUUGAGUUGGUGAAUCCCCAUGUUCCGGGCGAUCCGGAAGGGGCACGAGCUGCAGCUAGCGUAUUGCGUGCAGUUUACCAGGCCCUUCUCACGGCGGCGUCAUUCCUGACACACAGCAUGGUUUCGGAGAACUUGUAUCUGCAAUGCUCGCUCGAUGGAUUCUAUGGCUCAACUGCUACACGUUUGGUUCAUCUAGCUCGAGGAGCAGCAGCGAGUGAUCAGCGGAGCCGAACCCUUGGGUUUCACACGCAAGUAAAACCAUCGGAUUGGGCACUUGGCGCUGCAGCAGCUAUCAAUUCGGUUUGUCGGUCUCGUAGAACACAAGCACCAUCGCUUGUCAGUCACCGGCAGUGUUCUAAAAGCAGCCUCCAGUAUUCAAACUCAGCUAGUGGUGGCAGUGCUGGCAUUGGGACUGGCCGAACGUUCUUCAGCGCAAAUGUCACUUUACAGGAGUUUCAGACGACCGACAUCGCUUCUCGCCCGCCUUCGCACUCAAGUGACCUGCAAGAGCCAAUGAUUGCGGGUCGAGCGAAUCUCUGCGCACACCUGCGAAGCAUUCUGGUACAGGCUACUUUGGAUGGGCGCUUGCAAGAAGAGCUGGGCCGCGUGGAUACGGACUUCCGACCUAUUGACGAAGAGUCGAAUAAACCGAAUGGCAUUUCAAAGUCGGCGCUACCAGUAGGUAGCUUCUCCAGCACAGGCACAGUCUCGCAACUCUACGGGCAUGCAGACCAAGCGCACGGAGGCUCAGCGAUGUCUUUGCGUGCGGACUCGGGCAUGCGAAACGAAGACCGUGUGCCAUCGAGUCCUUCAAGCGCAGCCGUGCAGCGGUCUUCCACGCACGAGGCGAGAAGUGCCGCAUCGACAGAGAAGCAAGUCUCAAAUCAUCUUCUUGAGCUCGGUGAUUUAUGCGAUGACACAGCGUGUGCUGCUGUACCUGUGGAUCAUCUGGAGCACGCCAACGUUUCCGAACUUUGUAAUGCGCAAGACAGCCGGACCCCUGCCUGGUCCCAGCGACAGGCAUCGCCGCCUGCAGCCCAGCCCACGUCGCAGAAGCUGCGGCCAUGGGAAGCCAAUUCCUCGCACAGGGCUGAUGCUCUUAUACGGCACUUGGGCGAGGUCAGUCGAGGACAGGGUACGGCUGGAGUCGAAAGAUGCCUGUAUGCCGACGGCGUGUUGCCUUUGUCGAAGGAGUCGUCACCGAAUGAAAGAAGUGUGCGAAUGCUUGCGGAAGAGAUGACGAAGGAACGGCCUUCAGCUGGGCAGACCAGCUCAAGCCGAGCUUACAAGGCUACGGCUACGACUUCUUCGUUGCUAUCGCUUGCACGUGCGGGGCGACAAGAUGCCCUGCAGCGGAAACAAGCACCUCAGACGGCAAAAGAUCAGCAAAACGCUCGCGAACGGCAAGCAGGGCCUGACCAAGCAGAGAAAAGACCUUCGCCGCCGGAAGCCUCCGUCAAGCUGCCUCAAGUUCAGUGCAGAGGCUCCCAGAAGCCCAAUCCGAGCCUUGCUGCAGGAAUCUAUGCUCAGUCCUUCAAGAAAGUGUCUUCCAAUGCUGCAGACAAGCACCGGCUGUACAGGUCAAGCCAGAGCUUGCCUGCGAUCAAGGUCAAGCAGCGUAGUCCCCCCGACUUGCCUGAACGCAAGUGGCGCCCAAUGUGUUAG